ACCGUGCGCUACGGAGGCCAAUAUCUACGCUGUAGCACUUCCUGGCUACGAGUAGGUAACGUGCUACAUGAUGCAUUUUCUCGUUUUAUUGGCAUUUUUUGCCACGGCACAAUCACGUGCGGUGAACAUAAGCAACACUUGGGUUCUUCCCGAGGAAGGUUUUCCGGUUUUCUACCGGUACUUCAGAGACCGCAUCUCUUGGUACGAAGCGGACGCGGUUUGUCAAUUUCAUCAUGCGAACCUUGUAACAGUUGAUACGACGGCACAAUAUGACGCUGUGCGAGCCUAUCUUAAAGAACUGGACAUAUCAAGUGGAGUUUGGGUUGGAUUGAUUAGAAGCAAUCCAGAAGGCGAUUUCACUUGGACCGAUUAUCGUGGCUUGAGUGGCGAUGGCUACUGGAGCUCAGCACCGGACCCACGCGCCGCGCCCCUAUGCGCCGCCGCUGACCCAACCUCAGACUACCGCUGGGAGGCGCGGGCAUGCGGUGGACCUACAGUCGCUUCUUUCAUCUGUGAACUACCAGUUCCGCAAUGGGCACUUGGCAACGAAGGCUGUAUGGUCCGAGCGCUACCGGCCUUGACUAUUCUGUAUUUACCGGAAAGUGCGGCAGUGCAGUUGACUGCUGAUUGUGGCCUUGCUGGUGUCAAACGAGUGGAAUGCACGGGAAAUGUGAAACGCGAAGAUCUUCUCCGCGAUCUUUCAUGUGCUGAAGAAGUAGAAUCUACUUCUUUAAAUAAUUUAACUUUAAACAGCACAAUCACUGAGAUUGCAACAUCGACAGAAAAUCAAGAAGUAUCAAGUAUCAGUGUAACUGAAGAAAAUUUGUCAAUUGAACAUGGCAACGAAAAUGAAAAUUUACCUUCGAGCGUAAUGUCGACUCCCAUUCCUUUUAACGAAAAUAUAAGACAAACUACGAUAUCGGGAUUGCAAUCGACUUCACAGCCCAUUCGAUAUGAAAUGAAUAAAAUUAUUUUAGAGAAAAAUGUUAACCUGAAUGAUAUGCAGAAUAACAAUCUUCAAAGCAAUGAUAUACCUAAUUUAAUCAAUAAUGACAACUUUCUAACAAAUUAUAGAAUACAAAAAAUGGAAGAUGAAGAAAAUCUGCAGCAUAAAAAAUUACACGACGAACUUGCUAGACUUGGUAAUUUUGAAACAAUAUUUACUCAACCAACCGAUCACUUUGUACCGCCACUUGUUAUGGCAAAAGCUAGGAUUAGUGAUGAUAUGAAUGUUCUAUCUUUAAAAGAAAAACACGCCCAACACUUUGGAACGCAGGAUAUGAUAGAAAAAGUAAAUGAAGAAAAGAAAAUACUAAAUAUGGAAGGGAAAUAUGGAAUUUCAACGGAACGUCCGCACACAACGGAAAAUUUGGCAGAAUUAGUCACGGAAAGUGUAUCAAAAUUAAAGAAUAAUUCAAAGAAAGACGCAAUUAAAAUAUCACUAUUAAAAAAAUAUAAAGAACUAAAUGCGAACGUUCUUCAAAUUUCAAAAAGCAAAACGAAAAAAGUAAACAAAGAAACUGUCGAAGAAAUCAUAAACAAGAGUACUACUUUGGUUAACAUGCCUUCGAAACUUAAAGAAACUACAACAUUAGGAACCACAGUUGCAAAUGAAAUUCAAAAUGACUCUAACAUUGAAUUGACUGUUAUUUUACGAGAAACAAACGAUGAAAGGAAUUUCAGUCAGAAAUUGACGAAUGAAACUGAUGAAGGAAUCGGAAAGAACACGACAAGAACUAUAAUAGAGUUUGAUCAGCCUACCACUGAAAUUGUAAAUUUUCUCAACGGAACACACUUAAAUUUACUUCAAACACAAGUGAAAUCGAACAAAACCGAGAACAUCUUGGACAAAAUAAGCACUAAUAGUGGCAAUAGAAAUGACACCAACAUUUCAGACAUUCCUCAAACUCUCGAUUUUACAACUAAAUUACCCGUUUUCAGAGAUGACCUAAUUAAUAUUUCGACUACAAUUGUUAAAAUGAAUAUUCAAGAAAUAGUCAACAAAACUGCAUUCAUCACCACUGAAAUUUCCACUAUCACUGAUGACAUACAAAUUGCUGGUUCUAAUUCUUCACUCGAUUUGCCUGCUAAUAUAGUAGACAAAGCAAAUUAUACUGAAAUAACUGAAACUUCUCAUAUGAGUACCAAAGCAGUAUCCACAAACGUUAAUUCUGCAAAUCAAACUGAUAAUUUGGAUCAUGAAACUUCUUCCACGCUCUAUCCAGUUUUCAGCGAUGCCUUCAACUUUACUGAAACUGUAGACGAAACAGAUGACAGGCCAGGUGAUCUCGAAACAAUUGACGAUUUCCAAUCACCUUUACUAUCCGGUGCUAAUGAACCAUUACAGAGGCCCAACAGAUCUAGGAGGCCUAAACAACCAAAUAGAGUUAACAAAUUCAAUCCCUUUCGCAUUUUAGGUUAAGCAGACUUUAUUUCAAAUGAACAUUUACUGCCAAGAAAUUCUGUACGACUGAACAACCAUUGCACUUUAAUAUUAAUUGCGUCACAUUUCACAAUUACAAUAUGUAGAAGCACUCAUCUAAAUCCUCAACUUUUUUCCUGGUCAUAAAAUUAAAGUAACAUAUUACAUCCUACUCGUAUGUGUGCUAUAUCGCCACUUUUGAGUUCGAAUGUGAAUUCACGUCAAUUUAUAAAAUUAAAAAAAAUACUGAAUGAUUGUAAUUAAUAAUAUCCAGUAAAUGGAUAUAUGUGGGAGUUAUCAAAUGUUUGGGUAAAAGAUCUUAAAAUAUACCAAAGAUUAAUUCGUUUAUAAGGAAUAUUAAUAGGUGUCAUUAUCAUUGAGAUGAAGGUCUAAGGAUAAAUAGUUAUAGUUACGUUCGUGAACCAUAUCAUAUUAGAAUAAGGAAUUAAAUUAUAAUUAAGGCAUUUUUAAAAUAUGAGAACGCACAGUGAGUUUGAUAUAAUAAA